AUACGUCAUAUUGUCAUAUUUUACAGGUUGAGAAACUUAUUGACAUGCAUUUUUAUUUGUUUGUAAAAGCUUAGUACAAUGGAUAAACAUACUCAGUUCUCUAUAUUAAUUUGGAUAUUUUGUGUUUCUAAAAGCUUCCAACAACCUCAAGGAUAUCGAACCAAAUUUCAGCACGAAUCUAUCAAAACAAUAGAAUUCGUCUCGAACCGUCUCCAAAUACAACGCUGUUUAAACGCUGCACGGGAUAAAGUAAAACAAGUGGGUGCAUGUCCUGGUGACCAAUAUGAGGCAAUAGUCUGGAUGAGCAUGUACUCCAGACUCUGUACCAUUGACAAAAGACUAUUAACUGAAGACAAGCACAUCAAUAACUUCCCCUUCCGUUUAAAUAAAGAACUGAGAUGCAGUUUUACAGUUUAUCGUAGAGACCCGCGAGUUAGAACCAUUUUUCUGCAAGCUGGGGUUAUGAUUGAUAAAGCUAUAGAUGUGUUAAAUCCCUAUCCAUAUCAAAGCAAUCUUUACAGAGGACUGGAAGACUUUCCGUACGCAGAUCAAAAUGAAUUUGUUGAAAAUGGUUUCUUCAGUGCAACAACCGAUAUCAAUGUGGCACUUCAUUUUGCAAAUGGCAACAUACUUCUUAUUGUUGAGCGUAUGUAUGGAGUAUAUAUUGCCGACUAUGCUCAAGAAAGAUUUCGACAUCAGAGAGAAGUUCUAGCAAAGCGACACAGUAUGUUCAGAAUAAGACAGAAAGUGACAAAUUCAAAGCACAUAAGUGAGAUCAUUGCAAAACUGAAACUGCGCAUAACGCGUCGGUACCCAAAAGAAAUCAUAUAUAUAUAUCAAAUUAUCCCUGGUAGUCAUGUUAUUGAAAUGAUUUCUGAUGCACAAAGUCGACGGCAGCAGUCUUAUGACUACUGCAGACCAUCAUAACCUGUGUUUGUUUACAAGGUCAUUAAGAACUACGUGAGGUACCCGUUGAUUGACCGUAACAUGACUGAACUUAUACUGUUAAUAGCACAAAUCUAUGAUAUGUAAAUAAAACUAAAAUGGUCAGUAAAGUUAAGACCAUUUAUUUUAUCAUCAUUACUUUAAUUAGGUUACAGCUGUAUAUGAUCAGCCGGCUCAGAUGGCUCAGUGAGAUGGAGAGCAGAUCUACGGAUAGCGGGCUCGUGAGUUCGAUUUGGGGGCUAGGUGGUGCUCUCCGUGACAAUUUGAUAAACUAUCUUGUGUAUGAAAUAGUUUGGUAUGGAACGCCAGAGCUGUCGUAUUCUAACUGGAUUCGAGGCUUCUUCUUUAUUCUGAAUAGUAUCAUAUUUCGUGUUAAUUAUUGUGUUAUGUUGACUUGUAAUGCUAUCAUGUGUAAAGCACGUACUCUUUUGUCAGAAUGACGUGAUAUUUUGUGAACGACCAUCCAGUUUUCUUAACACAACAUGCUAUCAUGUCCAGUGAACAGACUAUCUUGUCAAAAUGAUAUACUAUUUUGUUAAACGACCAUCCUAUUUUCUCAAUGGAACAUACUUUCAUGUCCAGUGUAGAUGUAGCAUGUUGUCAGGGAGAUGUACUAUUUUGUUAUUUUUUAAUCCUAUUUUUCUUAAAGUAACAUGCUAUCUUGUCAGAGUGACGAACUAUUGUGAUAAACGAACAUACUAUUUUCUUAAAGAAGCAUGUAAUCAUGUCCAAUGUAUAUACAACCAUGUCAAAGAGACGUAUUAUUUUGUUAAACAACCAUCUUGCUUUCUGAAAUUAACACACUAUCAUGUCCAAUACACGAACUAUCUUGUCAAAAAGACGUACUGUUUUGUUAAACGACCGUCCUGUUUUCUUAAAGUACCAUGCUCUCAUGUCCAGUGUAUAUAUUAUUUUAUUGAAUAUGUUACUAAAUAAAGUAACACAUUUGCACUGAAUUUAAACGUAUAUGAGCAGCAUGAGGUCGAUAUUAGUUUUCGUGAGAGCUGGUGUGCCGGAUAUCACUUCCGGCCAUAUCAGGUAUACUUCCGGCUGCGCAAAACAUAUAUAUUUUAUACUUGCAAUGACACAAUGUCAAGUCUAUACAAACUAACAUUUAAUUUACAAAAGAGUGCAUGGUAAAUUAACAUGUUUUCGCUAGCUUCCUCCUCUAGUGUGGUUGAAUCAGGCUGACACAAGACACUUUGGGCCCUGGAUUGCAUGAAUUUAAAGGAAAAAACGUCUGCGACAGUAGGCAACGUUGAUAUUCCCGCGCAUUUCAUGAACAUUUAAUGACGCUGACGCUGUUCAACAUUACAUUAUUUUGAUCUCGUUUUCACUUUAACCGUAGAAUGAAAUUUAGGCAAUAAAAAGGUCAUACAACAGGGCUGUGCAUUAGCCCUCGGGCUUGUAUGCCAAUAUCGCCUUAAGGCACACCAGCCCUGUAUAAUAACCUCUAAUUGUCCGAGUAACAUACCUCUUUGUUAUAUGAUCCUCCGAUUUUUUUCACAGUAACAUGCUACCAUGUCCGUUGUAUAUAUUAUCUUGUUUGUUAUACGACCAUCCUAUUUUCUCACAGUAACAUGCUACCAUGUCCAGGGGACAUACUAUCCUGUCAGAGUCAAGUACUAUUUUGUUAAACCUAUUUUCUAAACCAGUGUCGGGUAAUAAGGUACAAGUUUUAAAAUGUAUCCUUUACGUGUGCGGAACAAAUGGUAAAAAGUAAUCCUGAGAGAAAGACGAAAGUCGAUAUUCUGAAAGGAAAGACAAUUUCAAUUUUCGUGUUGCUCUUGAAAUCUUUCUGCAUAUAUUGUCCAAAUACGUAUAAUUUACACUGAGUUUUACUUCUUAUAUUAAUUCAUACUGUUAGAUACACAUUUUAUAUCAAGACAUGUAUAAAGUAAGAUAUUAUGCAACUCUGAUGGAUAUAAAUCAAAGAAGUCAGUAUUCAUUUUUGAUUAUAAAUGUCUAUAUUAUUGGAAAGAUGUGAUAAAAAGGAGAAGGAGAGUAAAAAUUGAAGGUUGGGAAGAAAAAGAAUGAAAAAUAUAGAUGUUCUCGAUAGAAUAUAUAUACUGUUAAUACUACUGUUAUAUACUGCAUUGUUUAGCUCCAUACAGAGUGUUAUUAAGACAGCUCUAUCAUUUCUCCAAUGCUAUCAAAAGCUUACCAUAUUUGCCUAUGUUGUUCUAUUUUGUUGCGGCUAUUUCCUGUUCUAUUUAAUUCGUAGUUUCAGAUAUCAAAUAAAAUUGUCAAAGACAGGCAAGAGCUUGUUUUUUUUUUCACCUGAAAAUAUCAGAUUUAUUAAAAAUAACAGAAAGUU